AAAGACGGAUGUAAAGAAGUAAACGGUGGCUUUAAUCUUUUAUCUACUUUAUCUAUGAGUAUGGAGAGGCUUUAUAGAUCCAAAGACUGAAUACCGAUGGAUAAAGAAACGUGGCCAUUUGAGUUUACGAGAUACAUUUUGCCUGCUUGCCUGCCAUCGUUAGCUUGUUCCUGGAGUUAGCAUGCCGCUCUUGGGGUUCUUUUUUGUCCUUUACGGCACGCGUGGACUAUUUCACAUUUAACUAAGAGAGACAUGUAUUCAGCACCUCGGGAAGACAAUGCGGCUCAAAGAGGGACCGGAGUCUUCUACCAGGCUUUGCCCGCCCUUGGAACCGAUGGAAAAAACAUCAUGGUGCUGAUUCCUGUUCAGAUGGUCAAUGGGAAAUGUGUCCAAAGUCAAAUCAACAAACCUAAAACGCAGGACGCCGUACCGCUAAAUGUUGUAUCAGCACCUGUUCCCUUUGGAAUAAAGACAGCCUUGACUUCCUUAGCUACACAACAAACUACGGGAAAUCAGGUUUCCCUCGUGAAUGCCUUGCCUUGCCAACUUGGUGUUGCGGGUCAAGGACAUGAGCUAGGUAUUUCAUUAAAUAAAUAUCCACUUAGAACUGUAAAACCACAAACAUUCUUCGGAGCCCCCCAAAAUCAAGUACGAACAGUUACAACUUCUGAAGUUGCCUCAGGUAUUAAUAAACAGAGUUUCAUGCCAUCAACGGAUUGCUUUUCAAGUUCAGACUCGACCAGUGUGGCCAAUGUAUCAUCUAAGACAACUGUCUGUCAAAGCAAUGUUUCUACGUGUCUUUCAGAACUUGAACGUUUUUGUUCCGGAUCACCUAUGACUUCUCUUCCACUGAGAUCACCCAAAUCACACUUGAAAUUAAUUCCAAAGGUUUCCCAGAGGCCCAACAGCCCAAUGAAGUGGUUGAUUGAAGAAGUCUAUUCUGAAUCUGCUCUUGACCUUCCAAAUUCUCCUCUUAUUCAAUCAAAGACAUUCAAAACCGUGGAAAGUAGCAAGACGUUUGGAGUGUUUGAAAAAGUGAUGCCUGUUUCUCUCUCAGGGUUAACUUCAAGUGAAACUCAUAAUCAACAAGCCUCGGUCAUGUGCGAUGGCAGGGUUUUUUUGGCAGCCAAAAAUGAUAGCCUUUCUUCGACAGUGGGGAGCAGGGAAAAACGUUGCCAUCUCAAAAACACUGCAGUACUAUCGUCUUCGUCACUCUUGCAACACUCAAGGAUUAUCACACCAAAGGAGCCAAAUGAAGUGAUCGACCUUUGCAGUGACGAUAAUCCCGAUGACCUGUGUGAAAUAAUACCCGAUGAUAUGCCGACAGGCUCUUCUUUGGACGAAGAUAAUGUAAUAUUUGUAUCAUAUAUUCCACCAAAACCCGAAUACGUGCCAAUGCAAAGUCUGGUAGGAAAAACACUGGAGAUUGAUACAAACCAGACAAGCACAAGGACCAUGCACCAUGUGACUGAAUGUGAGAAGACUUCCCUCAAUUGCUCCAAUACUGUCCAUGAUCAACUAACAUGUGAAAGCAUGGAUGGAUGCUCCGUUGAUAAAAGCCAGAAACCAGAGCAGAGCAUGAUGGCGAGCACAGCUCCAAAUGAUGACAGGGACUCGGUCAUGAGCUGUCAACAUAACACCCAGAAACAACAGCUGGACAGCAUAGAGGUUUCCCUAGGAAUGGAGAGUUUGUCACAUCCCAGUGCUUCUGGCCUCAACAGUAGAGAAUCCACAGACAAAAUGAAGAGUUCCUCAACUGCUUCUCCAGUUUAUAGAUCAUCUGACCACCUUCUAAGGCAAAUUUUUGGGGUUACAUCUGAUGUCAGAAUUUGCCUGCAGAGAAUUACUCCAGGAUCAUCUGGGACUGGACUCAAAGAGUCUGUGCCCACGGAGGACAUUCAGGAAACCACAAACCUAUUAAAAGAGAGGGAAGUUUUCAUGCAGUACAGUUACAAUCCACAAGAUCCUCACCGCAGCAGUAGUCCAGUCAACGUCAAAAGAGCAAAGCUAUCAAAUGUACAGAAUUUGUCAGGAGAAACUGUUACUACCAAUCCUCUUGCAGGGAUAAUGGUUGGCUAUGUGGAGCCAAUCGAUGAUGAUAUCGCCAGCAUCGAUGAAAAUUACACUCCUGACUCCCAGGACUCAGCUGCCCGGAGCUUGAAUAGUGCUCGUCCAAAUACAAGUCGAAUGGGAAGGCCAAGGAAACGCACAAGGUGUCCAUGUUGUGUCCCUGGUACGCUGGGUCUGACCAGGAAGUCCAGGACCAGGGCAGUAGAGUCAGAGAGGUUGACAUGGACAAGAGACCACACGAGUAAAAGGGGUGGACGUUGACAAAAAUUCUAAUAAAAAAGGUGAAUGUACGACUUUAGCGGGACCAACCUGUCUGCAUGGACUCACAGGAACCAGCAAAGAGAAAAACGGGGGAAAAUAUAGAAAUGUGUGUAAGCUAAUUACAAAACAUUUGAAAUUCUAAAUGUUACUUUUCCUGUCGCGUUUGUAUUUGGUUAAAGUCUGAUUUACACAAACACUGACAAUGUCCUUCAAUGUUGAGCAAACAUACAGCAGUAAUUGCACUGAAAUUAAGCAGGGUAGUAACGGUCAUAGUAGUACUAGUUGUAGUCAUCCAAUUUGUGGACCAUAAGAACAAUUUUAUUUCAGUGUAUUUGUUUUGUCUUUUAGUGUACUUAUAUUGUAGCCCUGAAUCUGCCUCCCAUUUGUCCAUCAAUUUCAGUAGUACAUUCUCAUGCAGCUACUCAAAAUUGAUAUAACGCGUUAAAUAUUUGCACCUCAUUCUAUUUUUAUAUGAUUGUGCAUAUUUAUAAGUUUUUUCUAAGCUAUUUUUGAGCUCAACUUCAGUUUAAUGAUGGCAUUUUCUUCAAAUAACCUAUAUGUUUUUAACGUUAGAAUAAGUUACAAAAUCAUGUCAACUGACUUGUUUAUUUCAAGACAAGAUGUUAUAGCACGAUUUUGUUAUUGUCUAGCAUUAACAUCCAUUGGCUUGACUUGUUUAAAUUUGUUCAAUAUUGUAUUGCAUACCAGACCAAUUAUUAAGGAAUGAAAUGACUGGAGUCUUCUUUUUACAUUGAGUGAAAAUCAACCAAUAGGACAUUUUGAUGCCUUCAUAUUGAUGUCAGUGUUGCAAUGGCUAUUUGUUUUGUUCUUUAGUUUAGUAUACUGCAAUUACACAGCGUUUGGGUCUGAAGCAAUAGACCCUAAACUAAAAUGGAUUUAUGAUUCAAAACAAAUACGUGGGUUCACUGUUAAAAUGUUAUUUUCUGUACAACCGCUCAGGAAACAACAUAUUUGAAUAGAUGAGGGUCAUAAUAAAACGAUUACACGACCACAAGGGCUUUUUGAUUACAGGGGGUCCUCCCGACAUGUGCCAGGUUACAAUUGGCAAUCAAUUAACUACUUUGCGCAGCAGUUACUGUCGUACUCCCCACCCCCCCAUACGUUUAUUUGUUUUAUAGUUAUGGUGUCAACGUGUUUUUCAUAGAAAUAUUUACUAUAAUUAUGACUUUAUUGAGUGGUACGGUGACCACCUGGUUAGAGGGUCUGCUUCACAGUUCUGAGAACCGGGGUUCAAUCCCCGCCCCCGCCUGUGUGGAGUUUGCAUGUUCUCCCCGUGCCUGCGUGGGUUUUCUCCGGGCACUCCGGUUUCCUCCCACUUCCCAAAAACAUGCAUGGUAGUUUAAUUGACAACUCUAAAUUGCCCGUAGGUGUGAAUGGUUGUUUGUUUGUAUGUGCUCUGCAAUUGGCUGGCAACCAGUUCAAGGUGAACCCUGCCUCCUGCCCAAUGAUAGCUGGGAUAGGCUCCAGCGCGCCCGCGGCCCGAGUGCGGAGAAGUGGCUUAUAAAAUGGAUGGAUGGAUGGAUGACUUUACUGCUGCCUAGCAAAGGUUAGUGAUUAAUUCAAAUUCAGUGGUGCCUUGGGAAUGGAACUGUGCCGUAAACUGAGGACCCCCUGAAUUCGUUUUGAAUGUAAGAUUCUGUGAUUAACAGAAACAAACUGAGAGGCAGACUGAGAGGCACUUUUAUUAACGUAAAUUGGUUUUAUGCAAAUAAUUUUUUUUUUUAACUUGCAUUAUUCAAGAUAAGCAAGGGUUUAAGAAGACUGUUCUUGACAAAACGAUUCAGUUCAUAUGUGAAAUGUUACUAGAACAAGGGUCAGUGCUUUACCCCUUUUCUUGCUUUUAACUUCGUGGUGUUGUGGCUGUAGGUAUUUUAAAUUAUGUGGCUUGACUGUAUAGUGUCAAAAUGUAAUUAAAUCAACAUAAUAAAACACGACUCUAGUGUUCCA